AUGGUGGAAAAGAAAGAAGACUUGGAAGAAGAAAAAGAGCGAGUCUUGGCGUGGAAAAAGCGACGAGAAGCCCGCAAAUUGAAACGUCAACGAGAGCCAACCGAUGAUGGUGAUGAUGGCUCUCCAACUACUACUGCCCAAAAUAAGGACGAGGAUGACUUCUCCAGUCUAUUGAUGGAAGCCAGCACUAUCAACAAUAUGGGGGAUGAAAAUGAGGAAGCUGAUGCUCAAUACGUUCCACUUUCCAAACGUAAAAAGAUGGAAACUGAAACGGUUCAAAAACAUCGAAGACGCUUCCGACAAAAGCUGGGAAAAGAUGACGGGGAUGAUGAAAACGACAGUGAUGCUGAAGGCGACAACAACGGCAAGAAGAAGAACAAAAAAGAAGACACUGAAGAACAACAGCAAGUCGAAUCUUUAUUGGAAUCGGCAGCAGCCUUGCAACAAAGUUUGACUCAAGAACAAAAGGACCAGAAUGUCAAGGACACGGAGGAAGCACGAAUCAUGAAAGAGGCUUCCAAAGUGCAAAAUAACGCACUCCAAGCGGCCUCGGAAUUGGCUUCGGGCGUGAUUUUUUCCGACCCAUUGCCUUCCACGUGGACGGCUCCCAAAUGGAUUCUGCAACAGGGAGAAGAAGGUUGGGAAAAGAUUCGCAAGGAGUGGCACAUUGAGCUAGAGGGCAAGGACAUUCCACCGCCCGUGAAACGAUUUGAAGAUUUGAAAUUUCCAUCGCCCAUUUUGGAAGCGCUGUCGGCCAAGGGUAUCAAGAAGCCGACACCCAUUCAGAUUCAAGGAUUGCCAGUGGCAUUAGCAGGUCGUGAUAUGAUUGGGAUUGCGUUCACUGGUUCUGGAAAGACCUUGACGUUUUCCUUACCACUCGUCAUGGCCGCUCUCGAGGAAGAGUUCCGAAUGCCACUCAUGCCCGGAGAGGGUCCCGUUGGAAUCAUUCUGGCACCCUCCCGUGAAUUGGCGAGACAAACCUUUCAAGUGGUCGAAGAGUAUUGCACUCAGAUUUCAAAGCAUCCAGACUAUCCCGAAUUGCGAUCCCAGCUCAUUAUUGGAGGAGAGCCCGUUCGAUCGCAAUUGGAAACUUUGGAAACCAAAGGUUUGCAUUGUUUGGUGGCCACUCCUGGUCGAUUGCGAGAUAUUCUAAAGAGAAAGAAUAUGCGAUUGGAUAUCUGUCGGUAUAUCUGUCUAGACGAGGCUGACCGCAUGUUGGAUCUUGGAUUUGAUGAAGAAGUUGGACACAUUAUGAAUCACUUUCCGCAUCAACGUCAGACAUUGCUCUUCUCGGCCACCUUUCCCAAAAAGUUUCAAGACUUUGCCCGUGAUACCUUGGUCCAACCCAUUGUGGUUAAUGUAGGCCGAGCGGGAGCCGCCAGUUUGGAUAUCAUUCAAGAGGUGGAAUACGUCAAGCAAGAAGCCAAGAUGGUGUACUUAUUGCAUUGUCUUCAAAAGACGGCUCCGCCAGUUGUCAUCUUUAGCGAAAAGAAGGGAGAAGUGGAUGACAUUCAAGAAUAUUUGCUACUGAAAGGAGUGGACGCUGUCAGUAUCCAUGGUGGAAAGGAUCAAGUGGAACGUAACGCUGCCAUUGACAUGUACAAGGCGGGAGAAAAGGAUGUGCUAGUGGCCACGGAUGUGGCGGCCAAGGGUUUGGAUUUCUCCAACAUUCAGCAUGUUAUUAACUUUGACAUGCCGGAUGAAAUUGAAAACUAUGUCCAUCGAAUCGGUCGUACCGGGCGUUGUGGCAAGACUGGAGUCGCCACUACAUUUAUCAACAAGAGCUGCGAUGAAACUUGUCUAUUGGAUUUGAAGCAUCUUCUCAGAGAAGCCCGCCAAAGAAUUCCUCCCGUUCUCAUGAUGUUGGAAGAUCCUCGAGAUCAAAAUGGUGGACUGGGUUGCUCGUACUGUGGUGGUUUGGGUCAUACGGUGGUGAAUUGUCCCAAGAUUGACAAGAAUUCCCGACAGAUGGCGAGUGGCCGAAAGGAUGCCUUGGCAACUGGAGAAGGCUAUGGCGGAGAUUGGUAG